AUCGCUCGGGUCAAUUUUGGCCUCUUUUGAAAUAGCAGUCUUAUUUUAUUGUUCCAUCUCUCGAAGUGGUUUUGCGGACUUCCCACCCUCGAAACCCGGUGAUUUAAUGUUUACCUGGCCAGUUUCGGGCCGCUGUUGUUCCGUCGCGUGUCAUCGCCUCUCAUUGGUAGAGCGUCACUUUCUUACGCCGGACUCGAGCAACAAGACGGGAACCUCCUGAUCUUCAAGGUGUUCGAUAUUUUCUUCGCGAGGCACAUUUGUGAGACGCUUUAUUUAUCAUCAUGAUCGAAUCCCGGCUUGCCUUGUUCUGAGGGUUGCCAGCGUUACCGUCCUUCCUUCAAGCUGGUCGCGCUUCUCUUCCUGCUACGUCAGUCGCUCUUUCGCCUCCUUCUCUGCCAACAAAACUUCAAGGACACGGGACACAGAGCCGAGAUAUCGACUCUUGAUGGCAGAAGAUCGGGUGUUGGGCCAUGAAAGCGGCCUGUCCACAGAUGCGAUCCAUCUCGGGGCAUGGAAUCCGGCGCACAGGCCCGAAGAUUGUUCUGACUCCAUUCUACAUGAGGUCGCUACCCAAACCUCCGUCCCUAUCCAAACUCCAGAUCUUGCCCCGUGCCCACCUACAGAAUUUGAACUAGAACACCGCGAUCCAGAAGCGUCCCAUCCUGAUAGCAUUCUCGAUGAGACUAAGGAUGUGGAAUACCUACAGGCAUUCCCUGAGGCUCCGACAAGGUUAGAGAAUAGUGGCCAUGUGGAUAUAACUGGCUCUGAGUAUAUGCAAUCAAUUGAGAAGACUCGAGAGGGUGCUGUUAUUGACUCGAACAAUGGCUCACCGUUCAUUGAUUCUUUCAAAGGAUCAGACGAUGACACGGGAACAAACACCUUUCCUGACGACAACAUCGACUUUCAGGCGAUGAUCGGACAAACACAUGACGAUACAAGGGACGUUCGGGAUCGGUCUACUGAUGCCCAUGUGGAAGACCUAUCUACUCAGCUCGUGACUGAACCUUAUUCGGCAGAGAAUGACAAGGUCAACUCGUGGAACAGCGUAUUCGCAGACGACGAAGAUGGCGGUGACUUUUUUAGCCAAAUAAGCUCUCAAUCAAAACCAACGGUCGCCCACUUAGAGUCUGAACCACGUUCUGAUGAUAUGGCUUCCCACUUGAGCAAUGGCAAUGUCCAGCCUUCCAAUGAAAGCCAGCAAACCAAAGCGAUCGACUCACUAUUCCAGGAGGAUGAGUCGACAGGCGAGGCCGACUUUUUCAAUUCACAGGCCCCGGCUCACGUAGAGCCUAGUCUUGAGCUACUGUCUGAAACGCAGCCCAAUUCUAUGCCAGAAGACCACCCGUUGCCAAGUCUUGAUCCCGGAAAAGAGUUACCUCACCACCAAUCCGUGGCUGUGGUCCAAGAUGAAGAGCCAGAAGUAAUACGUCCGGCUGAACCUGGAGUAGCCGAGGAUCUUGGAGAGGAGGAAUUAGCUGAGCGGUGGAAGGCAUUUCUAGGAGACGAUGAUAUAUUGAUCGAAAAUGAAACCCUCGACGGAUCAAUUGAAGGCGCCAAUACGCAGACAGCAGAGUACCAACGCCACCCAGUGCAGCCUGCAUCACAGGUUGGGUCCGAACCGCCGCCUCCAGUCAAUACUUACACUCCGCAUCAGCCAUCAUCGUCAGAAAUGCUUGGAGGUUUACCAGCGGCAGGUUACUCUUCGACCCUCGGAAAUUUAACCAAUUCAGAGAAAUCGAAAGUCGAGAGCUUCUCAAAUCAAUCCAAGGCUGGAUACCAAUCCCCGUAUGACUUGCCAUUGGACAUGCGCCCAAAGCAUGCACCUCCUCGCAAGAUUGCUCCCCCGGUUGGAGUAAAUCCUCCACCUCGCAGUAGCUCUAUGUCAAGAUCCCGCCCGCCAAGUUCAUCCUACAUGGUUCCAGGCCCGAACUUCUCUCCUGUGGCAGCUCCGCCGCCCCUUUCAGGUCCCGAUACAACCCCUCCAUCAACCAAAGAACCCGUUAGGACUGGAAGCUUUUUCGAAGAGCUUCCUGUGGUGUCAAGGUCCCGCCCGUCGACUCGCGGGCGCUACACUCCGCAGCCAAAUGUGUCUCAACCGGCCAGUAAUUUGCCGAUGGCGCCGGUGGCACCACCACGUUCUCUCCCACAACAAAGUAGUGACCCUUAUUCUCAAUUUCAACUGCAACCUCCUGCGCGUUUGGAUCCGUAUUCAAAUCUCUCUGCGCCUCCUCCACAACCGGCUCCUACAACUUCUCGUUAUUCACCCCAACCUCCGCCGCCAGGCACGAAACCUGCCCCUUUCCCCCGUUAUUCCCCUGCCCCACCUCAGUCAGCAGGUAUGACAAGCUCAGCGACGUAUGUAUCGCAGUCACCUACUGUGCAAACCUCUGUCAAUGCAUUUCCAUUCCAACCCCGAACCUCAAGUCCCUUAGCCCAACAUGAAACAGCCAAGUCAUAUCCAUCUCCACCACGAAAACGGGACUCUUUACCAGUUACGUCGACUAUUCCAACGUCCGGUGUUCCCCAGUUCGGAUCAGAUUCACAAAUUGUUCCACCCAAACGAUCCAUGACUCAGUCCCCAGGCAGAAUGAUGCCUCUUCAAAGCUCCGUUGCGUCGAACCAAAACGCCUACGUCAGGCCUGCAUCAGCUCAUGGUUCAAAAUCAUCAAUACAGGCACCCCUAUUGCAAUCCGCCUACUCCCCAGCUGUCAACAAUCGUCCUACUCAAGCUCUGGAUUUUGUUGUACCAACGGAUGGCCAGGAGCACGACCCUCUUGAACGUUGGAAAGGGGCUCCGAUUUUCAAAUUUGGAUUCGGCGGAACUCUCUUGUCCACUUUCCCAAAGCAUAUCCCCCGAUAUGCCACAGGCCAGAUGACCCCUCGGAUCAAACCCACACUUGGUGAUAUUAAAACAUGCCCAAUCAGCCAAAUUCUCCCGCAUAACGAACCACUGGACAAAUUUCCAGGACCCCUAAAGUCCAAAUCUAAGAAGAAGGACGUCUUAACCUGGCUCUCUACCAUGAUAUCCGCCCUUGAAAGUGCCCCAUCAACAACUGAUGGCCAUGUUGAUCCUGUGCACCAACACCGCCGUGAAGACGGUAUCUUACUUUGGAAGGUCGUGAGAGUUUUAGUGGAACAUGAUGGAGCACUAAGAGGUUCUACAGCGGCAGAGGCUAGUCUUCAAAGUAUAUUCUCUCCUGGAAGCAUGGCGAUGAAUUCUCAAUUCGAAUACCCAAGUACCGCCGACUCUGUUAGUGGGUCAUUGAAAUCUGAGUCUGCCAGCGGUUUAGGGAUCGAUGUUAUCCACAAAAGCCUCGUGGCCGGCGAUCGACAAAAAGCCGUAUGGGACGCAGUCGAUCAUCGCUUGUGGGGUCAUGCAAUGCUUAUUUCAUCUACCCUCGACAAAUCGGUGUGGAAGCAGGUUACCCAAGAAUUCAUUCGUCGCGAAGUUCGAUCUUUGGGCAAAAAUACAGAAUCUUUAGCAGCCCUGUACGAGAUAUUUGCGGGCAAUUUUGAAGAGAGCAUUGACGAGCUCGUACCUCCCUCUGCAAGAGCUGGUCUCCAGAUGGUCAGCGUGCAUGCUGGCACCGGCGCCCCCAAGGAUGCUCUUGAAGGCUUAAACAAAUGGAGGGAUACGGUGAACCUAAUAUUGCAAAACAAAAGUGCCCAAGACCACCAGGCCCUCCGGGCGCUCGGUCGACUCCUUGCGUCUUACGGAAGAGUCGAGGCAUCACAUAUUUGCUCUUUAGUGGCUGGGACGGCGGCUGGCCCCAUCUUUGGUGAUGCGCACGACCCCCAAGCUAGUAUCGUUCUUCUAGGUGCCGACCAUUGGCGAAACCCAACAACCUUCAUGGUGGAACGUGAGGCUUGCUUGCUGACAGAAGUAUACGAAUUCGCGACAUCUGUUCUGGCCGCUUCACCUUCCCCUAGCCUGGCGCACCUUCAAGCUUUCAAGCUACGGCAUGCGAUGUAUCUUGCUGAGGAGGGUCAUAAGUCCGAAGCUCAACAAUACUGCGAAGCAAUUGUUUCCAUUGUAACCUCGAAGUCGAACGUGAAAUCACCGUAUUAUCAUCAAAGAUUUUUUGCUGAAUUGGAUGAGCUGUCACACCGUUUGAGACAGGCUCCUACGGACGGUUCGUCGUCGUGGAUAUCAAAGCCUAGCAUGGAGAAAGUGUCGGGAUCGAUGUGGGCCAAAUUUAACAGUUUCGUUUCCGGUGAUGAUAACGAGGUGACAUCCAAUGGAUCAGGGAAGGGAGGAGACGGAGAUAUUGGCCCAUUUGCCAAAAUUGCAGCCGGUUGCUCCAUCGUCCUCGGGUUCUCGAUAUGCUCCUAAUAGCCAGUAUUAUGCUCCCUAUUCUUCUCCCGAACAGUCUCGUGGUCGUCGAUCCCUAGAUGCCCAAAGGUCCCCUCCCCAAACUGCAGGUCGUUCCUAUUCGCAGCGCCGCAAUUCUCAGGAUCCUUCGACGCCGUUAGAGGGCAAUGCCUACGGAUCAAUGCCAAAUCAUAUUUACGCGUCACCUGCCACUAUCGGCUCUCAUACAACACCUCCUCAAGCAAGUCAUGCACCUCUCGCACCUGUAGAAGAAAUUUAUUCUCCCCAAAUUCAAUCUCCUACUGGUGAAAUGCCUGCUAUACAAACCCUUCCUGAUGGUUUUGGCAUAAACCAGACGGGAUACAUGCCAUUAGCGGAGCAAGUUACGAGAAAUGAUGAAACAAACCUUAAAACGACGACAACAGAACAGAGUGGAUACCAGCCACCCACUUAUGAGCCGCCAUCCUUCAGUACUGGCUACGAACCUCCCUCGUACUCUGCUAAUGUUGAAGACAACGAGCAUUCAGAUGAAGAGAAACCAAAGAAGAAGUCCUUCAUGGAUGAUGACGAUGAUGAUUUUAUGGCUCGCGCAGCCCAACUCCGAGCUUCUGAAAAGGAAAAAAUGGAUCGUGAGGCAGCUGAGGCCUUUAGAAAAGCUGCAGAAGCUGAUGCCAAACGACCCCCUGCUACGGAGAAGAAAGGUUGGUUUUCUGGAUGGUUUGGAAAGAAAGAGAGCGGCGGUGCCGUUCGCGCAGACCUCGGCGACGAGAAUUCAUUCUAUUUUGAUAAAGAGUUGAAUAGGUGGGUUAAUAAGAAAGACCCCGGCAGUGCCGCCACUGCAGCGGUUACUCCACCCCCGCCCAAGAGCUCUGCACCAUCAAGCCAGUCUGUGAGCACUUCCCAAACACCAACAAACCCCAAUCUUACGAAUGGACGACCGGGUCCUUCAACUGUUCCAGGAGAGGCAUUAUCAGCCCCUCCCCCAGGCAUCGCACCAUUACCCACUCCGCCGUCAAGCUCCUUGGGACCACCAUCCGACAGCCCACGUGCAAUCCCAAGAUCUGUAUCGGCCGGCGCUCCCACAGGACCCCCAUCACGCCCUGGUACAUCAUUGAGUAAUGCAAGCUCCAUUGAUGAUCUUCUUGGAGCCCCCCAAGCACGAAAGGGUGGUACAAUGAAAACACGGAGAAAGGGCCGUGGUUAUGUUGAUGUCAUGGCGAAAUGAUUUCAAUGUUUUCAUCCUAUCUCACGAGUUAUUAUGCACACUUGCAUUAGCUUUUACUCUGCUUCGGUCUCAUCUAUGCAUGAUUUUAGUGCGCGGCAUUCACAGCAAAAGUAUUUCUUACAGAUGUUCCUUCGAGGUGAAAGGAACCAUAGAUAUCAACUGCAUGUAUCAGGGGGUAUUUGCUAUUACCUUUUGGACCUUUUUUCACGUUAAAAUUCCUAGGCCACACUUUAUGUCGGCUUUUUUGGAUACUAAGCACACAUGUCUUGAUGAGCGAUGGUGAUUCAAUGGCAUGGAACUCAUGUCCUUUGGCUUGAUGUUUCCUUUGCGGAAGUAUUAUUUUUCUUUUUCUUUUUUUCUUUUUGGUCCAUUGUUAUUUGCUUGUUCCCUGGAGUCUGUUGCAUUAUAAUUCUCAUUUCGAAUACCAUUUGUAAUAAAGGGGAUCUCGAGGAUUCGGGUUCAUCCUUACGGACCAUUAGUUUUAUAUCCUUCUACUUGACGUUUGUUUUUUUGCACUUGAAGUUCAGCCUGUGUAUUAUACGAAGCUUCCAAAGAAAUAACCAUGUACUUAAUCUUCAUAGAGACCAUUUCACUACAUUUCUUUCUGAUCUGAG